CAUGAACGGAGAAGAUUUGAAGUCACGUUCACAACCGAGAGAGAAAGAGGGGGGGGAUACGGUUGACGGGUAGAAUGGAGAGAGGACAUCUGUAAAAAGAAAGUAGGCUACUUGGCAGGUCAAACUGGACAACAGACAGGUGUAACUGUUUUCAGGAUGACUGGUCACUUACAGUUUGCAAGAGUCUAACCAUUGUGAGAUGGUCAUGUAAAAGAAAAGACAAACCUCACAUUACUGUCACCUCUGUAACCUGUGUGAAGUUGACGUCUAACUGGUCAGAUGGCUGGGACACAAGCUGCUGUGCUUCCAUCCUUCAGCUCCUUCUCAAACUUUGUUCACUCUCAGGACAAUAUGAAGGAGUGGAAAUUUGAGGAUGGCGCUCUCAGUCUGGACUCUCAAACCAAGAGGACAUCACCUGGCAACACCAGUGACCAGCAGCCAGUUCUUCCUCACCUGGACGAUGAAAGUGAAACCUCAUGGGACAUGGAGUUCUUGUUGUCUGACUGGAGCAGCCCAUCACCUGAGCUGAACCCCUCUCUGGACUACAACACUCAGCGUCUUCUUCAACCGGACCAAACUGGACUCUACCAUGAUGGAGGAGGGAUGUUGACGGACCAAAUAAGUCCAGACAGGCUUCAUACGGGCAGCAGUAGCCUGAUGGUUGAGCUGCUCACCCCCUUGGAGACCAUUGGUUCAGGCAUACCAGAACUUUACAACCAACAGGUUCGCUCAUCAUCAUCAUUAUCAUCAUUCCCCAUUCAACCGAACGUGGACCAGUAUGGUUUCAACCCCGGAGGCAACCAGGAGGGACAUGGCAGAGAUAGAGCCACUGCUGUCCUCACUAAGGCCAAAUCAUGGGACUUUGGAAUGGGACACUACUACCCCCAACAACACACUUCCAUGGUGACGUUUCAAGAUGGCAGAUUCCUCCAAGCCCCUGUCUCCAUGACAACUUCUAUGACCUCUGAAUUUCGAACCCACCACUACAGCUUCCUCCAAAAAUACCCCCACCACCUGGGUCUAUACCGCAACCAGAGGGACUACAACCUCCAUGGCCACCACCACCAACAAGCCUCCUCCAACCACUUCCCCUACUCCCAGCACCAGCAGCCCCACCUAGCUAUCACCUCCUCAGGGGUUCCUCCUGGUGGCUUGGAGGGGAAGAAUGGCCGCAGGACUGUGGCGAAGAAGAGAGCUGCUCUACACAGCUGUGAAUACUCAGGUUGUAAUAAGACCUAUACCAAGAGCUCCCACCUCAAGGCUCACCUCCGCACACACACAGAUUCCCUAGGGGAGAAACCAUACCACUGUACGUGGGAGGGCUGUGGGUGGAAGUUUGCCCGUUCGGACGAGUUGACCCGUCACUACCGUAAACACACGGGUCAGAAACCCUACGCGUGUCUGCAGUGUCAGAGAGCCUUCUCCCGCUCAGACCACCUGGCCCUGCACAUGAAGAGACACACAUGAUGAGAGGAGUGGAGGAUGGGUAUGACUGGGGCUGUGUGAGAACAUACACACUAAUAUGUGUGCACCUGUAUACACACACUCUCAUUCUGGUUCUCAUUCUCUCUCUCUCUCUCUCUCUCUCUCUCUCUCUCAUCUCCUAUCUCUCUCUCUCUCUCUCGCUCUCUCUCUCUCUCUCUCUCUCUCUCUCAUCUCCUCUCUUUCUCUCUCUCUCUUUCUCUCUCUCAUCUCCUAUCUCUCUCUCUCUCUCUCUCUCUCUCUCGCUCUCUCUCUAUCUCUCUUUCUCUCACUCGCACACUAAUCUAAUCAACACACACACGGUGCACACGCAACUACUAGGCAGAGUAGGGUUAUCAUGGAUGAAGAGGAGACUACUCAAAGACAUACAGUGGACACACACACGUUGUCCACACACUAUAAACAGCUAAAGUUGGGGUGUAGGGUUUGAGCAGAGCCUGAAGGUAGGGAGGGGCAAGAGACCAGAGGUGACAGAACAGAGUACUCGGGUUGGGGUGUAGGGUUUGAGCAGAGCCUGAAGGUAGGGAGGGGCAAGAGACCAGAGGUGACAGAACAGAGUACUCGGGUUGGGGUGUAGGGUUUGAGCAGACAGACAGUGUCACUGGGGAGUGUCAUUCUGGCUGAAACAUUGUAUAAGGAACUUCAUACAAAUAUGGGUUGUUUCCAAAAUCCAACACUAUAUUUAUGGAUCUUAAUAUUUCCUGUAAAUUAUCUAAAGAUAUUAUUUUUUAUUAAGGCUAAGAUGUUUCUUGAAUUAAGGUUAAGAUUUGAUUAAGAUAUCAACUUUUCAUGUGGUAAAAGUUACUAGUUUCUUAAUUUCAUGGAGACAGAUCACGUCAACUGAACCACAUUGAAAAUACACCAAGCAGAUCCAUUUUGUAUCAUUUCCAAUUGAAUAAAUGUAUUUAUUUGCAAGGCUUUUCAUAUUAAUAUAAUUCAUAACUUCAUACUUUUUAUAUCACUUUGGUAAUUGAGUGCUUUAAACUUUUCUCAAAGGUUUUAUUUGUAUAAUUUGCUCAUUUUAAUACAUUUAUUUGACUCUGCAUGAUUGAGUUGUUUCUCAUUUCUAAGUAAAAUGUAAGUUAAUUCAAUAAAUGUGUUCACUUACGAGUGAA